CGUCACAUCCGGUCUCUUUCGGGCUUCGCAGGGCUCCAGCAUGGCGGACGCCGGUGUGGUGGAGACACUUCUACAGCGGGUCGAGAAGGCGGACGAUGGCGUGGACAGCCUGGAAGUGGCGAGCAGCCUCGGCGUGGACCACCAGGUCAUCGUCGGAGCCGUGAAGAGUCUGCAGGCUCUCGGCGACGUUAUCUCAGCCGAGCUGCGCUCCUCCAAACGCUGGGAGCUGACGGCGGAAGGCACGGAGAUAGCCGAGCAGGGCAGCCAUGAAGCCCGGGUCUUCAGCUCCAUCCCGCUGGAGGGUCUGCCACAGGGCGAGCUCAUGAAACUGUCCUUUGGGAAGAUUGGCUUCAGCAAGGCCAUGUCCAACAAGUGGAUCAGAGUGGACAAAGCACACGAGGGCGGCCCGAGGAUAUUCAGGACCGUGGAGAGCAUAGACGACCAGGUCAGAGAGAAGCUGCUGGUGGUGAAGAAAGGCAACAUGACAGAGCUGGAAGAGAAGGAGAAGAACGAGCUGAAGAAGAGGAAGCUGCUCUCUGAAGUGACGGUGAAGUCAUACUGGAUCACUAAAGGCAACUCCUUCAGCACCACCAUCACCAAACAGGAGACGGAGCUCACGCCUGAGAUGAUCGCUAAUGGCAGCUGGAAAGAGAAGAAGUUUAAGCCCUAUAACUUUGAGGCCCUGGGCGUGGCCCCUGACUGCGGCCACCUCCACCCUCUGAUGAAGGUGCGAACACAGUUCAGGCAGAUCUUCCUGGAGAUGGGCUUCACUGAGAUGCCCACCAACAACUUCAUAGAGAGCUCUUUCUGGAACUUUGACUCCCUGUUCCAGCCCCAGCAGCACCCGGCCAGAGACCAACACGACACCUUCUUCCUGUCUGACCCAGCACUCGCACACGAGUUCCCACAGGAGUACCUGGAGAGGGUGAAGAAAGUCCACUCAGAGGGAGGCUUUGGAUCACAGGGGUACAAGUACGACUGGAAGAUUGAGGAGGCUCAGAAGAACAUCCUCCGCACACACACUACAGCAGUCAGUGCACGCAUGUUGUAUAAACUCGCACAACAGGAGAAGUUUACCCCCGUCAAGUAUUUCUCAAUCGACCGGGUGUUCAGGAACGAGACCUUAGACGCCACCCAUCUGGCCGAGUUCCACCAGAUAGAAGGCGUGGUGGCUGAUUACGGGCUCACGCUGGGAGACCUCAUGGGCAUCCUGCACCAGUUCUUCACCAAACUAGGAAUCACCAAACUCCGCUUCAAGCCUGCCUACAACCCGUACACAGAGCCCAGCAUGGAAGUGUUCAGCUACCACGAAGGACUGAAGAAGUGGGUGGAAGUGGGAAACUCAGGGGUCUUUAGACCGGAGAUGCUGCUGCCCAUGGGUCUGCCUGAGGACGUGUCAGUCAUUGCCUGGGGACUGUCUCUGGAGAGGCCCACCAUGAUUAAAUACGGCAUCAACAACAUCAGAGAGCUGGUGGGACACAAGGUGAACCUACAGAUGGUGUAUGACAGCCCCAUCUGUCGACUGGAGUCCUGAGAGUCACACAGCCAUCAUCAUCAUCAUCAUCAUCAUCAUUAUUAUUAUUAUUAUUAUUAUUAUUAUUUUGGAUGGACCCACUUUACUUCUUGCUUCUUUCUACACCUUCCUUGAGGAAGACCUCCACCCUCUGGUUAUUCUCUGCUGUCCUUCAAACCAGUUGGUCUGAGUGAGUGUAGCAGAAAGAGGCUCUGUUCUUUCUCUGAACUGUUCACAUGAAGAAGCAGCCUCUGUAUGAACUGUGCUGCCAACAUGCAGAAACAUCAGCCUCAGUCAACAUCAGUCUUGACUUUGUUACAAACUCAGAAAAGUUUUUUUUUUUACAUCAUCAUGCCUGAGUCAGAGCAGGAAAUGUACAUGUACAGGAAGAAAUACUACUUUUGGAAUGUGACAAAGGUACAAUAAAAUGUUUUCCAAAUAUAAAUACAA